AUGGUGUACACUUCGUUGACUGAAGCUCCUCACGAUCUCAAGGAGUGCAUUGACUGGCUGAUAGCUCUGAGGGGAAGUGAUGCUGAAAGGCACCUGAAGGCUAUGGGUGCGGCACUUCACAAAUUCCUCGUGGACAAGCCCGUGGGCAAGAUGGAGCUGCCAGCUCUCGAAGAGGUUAAACUUAUCACUAAAGAGUUCCUGGAGCGCAAACCUAUUCAAAAACAGCUAUUCGUGAAAGGAUUACUGAGGAUAUUUGAGGAACCAAUGAACAGAAGUGGAAUUGUCUUUCGGCUCUUUUAUGGGCAAGAAAGCGAUUGCUGCAACAUCGUGCAGCAGAAUCAUUUGGAGCCUUACGCCAUGGGAUUGUACUUAGGCCGCGUUGUGUACGGUUGUGACAGGUUCAUGAAGCAUAUGAAAAUCCCCGAUCAAUAUAAGUCUGCUUACAGUUCAGACGCGACUUGGGAGGCAUCAUGCGCAGAAGACCCAGAAGCAUGUGCAGUGGUCCUCGUUGGGAUCGCACCAAUGUUGUACGCAGGACUACGUUCCUUGAAGUAUGUAACCAGACUCGCACUUCAGAACGAGGCAAAUGAGAAGGCAAGGAGGCGUUUGAAAACGGUAUUGCGAGCCGUUGGUUACAGGAGGUCGAAAAGGCGCUGUAAUAUUACCGUAUCAUUUAUGUCUCGGGCGUUGAGCGAGGUGGAUAAGGAUGUCUUGGAAAUAAUUUACGACAUCGCCGGGUUUUGGGCUUUCUAUUGA